GUGUUUUUAGUGUCAGUCGGAGAUUAGGACAUUGUAGCAAUGAAGUUGCUAUUUGUCCUGGGUUUCCUGGCACCCUUAGUGCUAAACACACUGGCCCUGGAUGAGUCCUCUUCUGUAGAUAGGGUGAAGAGACAGUACUACUAUCCCAAACCGGACAUACCAUUUCCACCGAUCGAGACUAAUGUCGUAGUCAAGACGGCACCACCACCACCGUUGCCGCCGCCGAAACCGCAAGGAUAUUCCUAUCCUAAGCCGGCGAUUCCGUUUCCCACUUUUAAUAAACCUAAGGUGAUACCCCCUCCUCCAUCAACAACUAGGAGACCCCCACCUCCACCAACUACCAGAAGACCACCCCCACCACCUCCUCCACCACCAACACCAAAACCACAAGGAUAUUCGUAUCCAAAACCAGAAAUUCCGUUUCCUACAUUUCAAAAGCCUAAGGUAAUUCCACCUCCUCCACCUCCACCGCCUCCAACUACCAGAAGACCACCACCACCACCUCCUCCACCACCAACACCAAAACCUCAAGGAUAUUCGUAUCCUAAACCAGAAAUUCCAUUUCCUACAUUUCAAAAGCCUAAGGUAAUUCCACCUCCACCGCCUCCACCUCCUCCAACUACCAGAAGACCACCACCACCACCUCCUCCACCACCAACACCAAAACCACAAGGAUAUUCGUACCCUAAACCAGCAAUUCCGUUUCCUACAUUUCAAAAGCCUAAGGUGAUUCCGCCCCCUCCACCACCUCCUCCACCAACUACCAGAAGACCACCACCACCACCUCCUCCACCACCAACACCAAAACCACAAGGAUAUUCGUACCCUAAACCAGCAAUUCCGUUUCCUACAUUUCAAAAGCCUAAGGUGAUUCCGCCCCCUCCACCACCUCCUCCACCAACUACCAGGAGACCACCACCACCACCUCCUCCACCACCGGCGCCAAAACCACAAGGAUAUUCGUAUCCAAAACCAGCAAUUCCGUUUCCUACAUUUCAAAAGCCUAAGGUGAUUCCACCUCCUCCACCACCUCCUCCACCAACUACCAGGAGACCUCCACCACCUCCUCCACCACCAGCACCAAAACCACAAGGAUAUUCGUAUCCUAAACCACAAAUUCCAUUUCCUACAUUUCAAAAACCUAAAGUAAUUCCACCUCCCCCACCACCACCACCGCCAACAACAACAAGGAGACCGCCUCCACCACCGCCGCCACCAACUCAAGGAUACUCAUAUCCCAAGCCGAUUAUUCCAUUCGAGACCAUUCCAAUUGUGAAGAUCGAAACUCCAAGACCAACUCCAAGGCCAACCCCAAGACCAACUCCAAGGCCCACAACUAGGCCAUCUCCACCACCUCCAGCUCCAGUGUUUAGUGGUUAUCAAUACCCAGUACCAAGCAAUCCUCUAGUGAUCACAGUGCCAACAAGGCCGCCAACUCUCAGGACUACUAGACCUCCACCACCAACAACCAGACGUCCGCCACCACCACCACCCACGUAUUUGCCUCCUACAACAAGACGUACUCCCCCACCCCCACCACCAACUCUAAGGACAACUAGACCACCACCACCGCCAUCUACGUAUCUUCCACCCCCAACCACAACUAGGAGACCACCUCCACCACCCACAAGACCACCACCACCACCACCGCCACCUACUUAUCUUCCACCCCCAACUACAACUAGGCGACCACCUCCACCACCCACAAGACCACCUCCACCACCGCCACCUACUUAUCUUCCACCCCCAACUACAACUAGAAGACCACCUCCACCACCCACGAGACCACCCCCACCUCCUCCACCAACUACUAGAAGAACUCCUCCACCACCACCAGUUGAAACUAGAACAGUCGUAAACACUUACUUACCACCUAUUACUACUCCAAGGCCAACGACGACAACAAGGAGGACGACUCCACGUCCUCCACCACCACCACCAACAUAUUUACCUCCAACAACCAGGCCUCCACCACCCCCACCAACUUUAAGGACUACAAGACCUCCACCACCACCACCACCACCGACAUAUUUGCCACCCACAACGAGACGUACGCCUCCACCUCCACCACCACCUACUACUAGAAGGCCUGCUCCACCACCAGUGGAAACGAGAACAGUUGUAAAUACAUAUUUGCCACCCAGAACUACACCAAGACCAACAACAACUACAAGGAGAACUACUCCAAAACCUCCACCACCACCACCCACAUAUUUACCACCAACAACUAGGCCUCCACCACCUCCACCAACUCUUAGGACAACCAGACCUCCACCCCCGCCACCUCCACCAACCUACCUACCACCCACAACAACAACAAGAAGACCGACAACUAGACCACCACCACCACCCCCACCAAGUUAUCUCCCACCUGUAACAACAACAACAAGGAGGCCAACAACCAGACCACCUCCACCACCGCCACCACCAACUUACCUCCCGCCUACAACAACAACAACAACCAGGAGACCAACAACAAGGCCACCACCACCACCUCCUCCACCAGUAGAAACAAAAAAUAUCGUUCACGCUUACUUGCCACCAAGGGACUACUUGCCACCAAGCACACAAGGUCCCUUGUACUUGCCACCCCGUACUACAACCACCACAUUCAGGCCCGUAGUCACCCCAACUAGGCCACCACCACCUCCGCCCAGGAAAUACGUUCCGGUUCCGACAAUUUCUUACACAUAUAAACCCGUCAGUUAUUCCCCCACGGUACCGCUGCCAACUUUACCGCCCCCAAAACCAACUGGUUAUGUUUACAACAAGCCCAGCAUCGCUUUCACUUUACCGCCACCAGCACUUGCGGCUUAAUUAUGUGAUUUAGCAUAUUUUUUUAGAAUUUAAUUGAUUUAAUGUAAAUACGAGUAAGUUAAUACUAUACUGAGUAUAGCUAAAAUUCAUAACAACAUAGGCCAGAUUAGACAUAGUUUUUUUACAACGAUUUUUUGUGUCCUAUAUAAUAAUAAAAAGUCAUAAAAAUUA